AUGUCAGCAAUACGCAACCUAACGACUGCGGCAAGGUUCCUGUCCGCUAGGUUGGCCCCGAGCCAAGCCCGAUCGUGGGGCGGUUCGUUCGUUGUGCCCGCCCGGUCCAUGCAGCACUAUCCGAUCGAUGAGUAUCUGUUCGGAUUGACGGAAGAUCAGCAACAGCUGCGCCAAACCGUGUUCAACUUUGCGCAAAAAGAAUUGGCUCCCUUGGCACAGGAGAUCGACAAGCAGAAUGAAUUCAAAGAGAUGCGCAGCUUCUGGCGCAAGCUGGGCGAGAUGGGAGUGCUCGGCGUGACGGUAAAGCCCGAGUACGGUGGGCUCGGCGGAUCGUACCUUGACCACUGCAUCGUGAACGAGGAACUGUCGCGUGCGUCCGGCUCGGUCGCCCUGUCCUACGGUGCCCACUCGAACCUGUGCGUCAAUCAGAUCCAUCGGCACGGUACGGACGAGCAGAAGGAGCGCUACCUGCCCAAGCUGUGCAGCGGCGAACACAUCGGCGCCCUGGCCAUGUCCGAGGCCGGCUCGGGCAGCGAUGUCGUGUCGAUGAAGCUGCGGGCCGACAAGCACGGCGACUACUACGUGCUGAAUGGUAGCAAGUUCUGGAUCACCAACGGCCCAGUGGCGGACACGUACGUCAUCUACGCGAAGACGGACACGAGCGCGAAACCGCAGCACGGCAUUACCGCGUUCAUUGUCGAGCGUGGCACGGCCGGGUUCACGCAGGGCCCGAAGCUGGACAAGCUGGGCAUCCGGGGCAGCCCGACCGGGGAGCUGAUCUUCGAGGACGCGAAGGUGCCGGCCGGCAACAUUCUCGGCGGGCUGAACAAGGGCGUGUACGUGCUGAUGUCGGGGCUGGAUCUGGAGCGGCUCGUGCUGGCCGCCGGUCCGGUCGGGCUGAUGCAGGCGGCCUGCGACGUGGCGUUCGAGUAUGCGCACUCGCGCAAGCAGUUCAACACGCGCAUCGGCGAGUUUCAGCUGCUGCAGGGCAAGAUGGCCGACAUGUACACGACGAUGAACGCGUGCCGGGCGUACCUGUACUCGGUGGCGCGGGCCUGCGACCGCGGCCAGGCCAAUCCGAAGGACUGCGCGGGCGUCAUCCUGUACUGUGCCGAGAAGGCGACGCAGGUCGCGCUCGACGCGAUCCAGAUCCUCGGCGGCAACGGGUACAUCAACGACUAUCCGACCGGGCGGAUCAUGCGCGACUGCAAGCUGUACGAGAUCGGCGCUGGUACGUCCGAAAUUAGGCGCAUGCUGAUCGGGCGCGCCCUAAACAAGGAGUACCAGUGAUGGUUGAGGGCGGAGCAGAGCGAAACCGACAGCAAACACUGACCGACGCUGCCAUAUCGGCGUUUGGCUGUGGUUGACACAGCAAAACGACCGCCAAUAAUUCCAAGCAAAAAAGUGCAUUUACUAGAGUUAGUGUCCAGGGAACGUUUUAUGAAAACGUUUGGUGGAAAAUCGAAACCCUUUUGCUACUCCCGCUAAUCUGUAAUAUACUGUUGCGUAUAUUUUAACUUCAAA